AUGGGUCGAUUCUCCGCUGAGACGGGGCUCAGGGCCUCUGUGGGGGUAUUUCUUCUAUCCUGUAUCUUUCUCUCAACCUCCUACAAUACUACAUUCGCUUUUGAUCGCCCAGUUACUUCGGCUGUAUUUGCAUGCUUUCUGACAGGGUUCUCGCUGUUGAUUCUGGGCAAAUUCGUACACCGUUUCCCCAAGCCUACCUCCUCUUCAUAUAAACACUCCGCUAUACCUCUUACGGAAUUCGAUGAUCUACCCAGUCCUCGGGGGCUGUCCUCGCCAGUCAGUUAUGCCGGCGACUUCCCUCAUACACAGUAUCGGAAUCGCAGUUGGUGGAUCAAGAUUGCUUUGGUAACGGGGAUUGGCUGCAUACGAUUGAUAUUUUACCGCCAAAUAAGUCUUCGCAUUGAGUGCGCACCAGCUGGAUACACAUAUGCGAUUCCUUUUUUCGUAUCACUAUAUGAUUAUUGGUGCCAUCAGCGAUCUCGACCUGUUGAGAAACAUUCUGCUGAUGGCUCAUCACGAUCACGCAUGCUAGUCACGCUCUACAAACGAGUCUAUUACCAGUUUUGUCGAAGCCGUUCGAGAUACGUUAUAUCCGCCGCUCUUCUCAUGGUUGGUGGAUUGAUGGUCUCAUCGUUCUAUGAGGGAAGGCAGUCGACCUAUAUUUGCCCUAUCACAUCCGGUCUCGCUACGGGUACACGAGCUUUUCGACUUUUGAGUGUGCUUCUAGAUUCGCUCAUUUUAAUUGCGGCUGGUGAACUAUCUCGAGAAGGAACCAAGUCCCAGGAGGGGACAGGAAAGCAGACUUUGCGUUCGUGGGGUUAUGCUUUUCUCGGUGUCGCUACGGUUUGGACAGUGAUUCAACUUAUUAUCACCCGUAAAGAUGAAGGCAAUCUUUCUUUCGACGCUCGUUAUCUUCAAAGUGCUUUUGGUCAAAGUUUCCUGGUCGCAGUGCUGACAUUAUCCGCAUCGCAAAUCGUCCCUUAUUAUGGUAUCGUGGGGCUUUCCAUACUGGCAGGUUUCAUCCUCGGCUACUUCUCGUGGGCUUCAGCUUUGUUCAAUGGCCAGGAGCCAUUCCCUUUGAUAUUAUCAUCCCAUGCUUUAAUUGCCCUAACCAUCACCUUCAUCGGCGUGAUGGUAUUUCUCUAUUCGCGAACAGCCUCUGAAGAAGAACCAAAAUUCCUAUACCCAUUCAACAUUUUUAUGCGGUCGUUUUUCUUAUUUAUUUUUGGGGUUGGCUUGAUUCUGGCAUUUAGCCAGCCCAGUUUGGUCAAUACACAUCCGAUCGACCUUCUCAUUUAUGACAGCAGAAAUCAUCAUGGGGCAUGGCUUUCCCAGGCAAGCAGCAGCACUAGUCUUGCAGAGGCUGUCAUGGAAUACCGAAAAAAAUACAAUCAGCAUCCGCCACCAGGCUUUGACAAGUGGUACGAGUAUGCUACCAGCAGGUCUUCUGUUGUUAUCGACGAAUUCGAUCAGAUACACGACGAUCUUCUCCCAUUUCGCGCGCUGACACCUGAACGAUUAAGAACCCUUACACAUGAGCUAGCGACUAAUCCAUUCAACGACGUUGGUGCACUCAGUAUUCGCGAUGGGUCAGUCAGAGUUCAAGAGGGCAUCAAGCCAACACAUGCCUGGAUGGUGUCGAGUGCUGCGCAAAUAAUUGAAAAAUUUUCCCAACAUCUUCCAGAUAUGGAUCUCGUUUUCAAUUUGAAUGACGAGCCACGCGUCGCAGUCCCGUGGGAGAGGGCCUCUGCUCUGAAGGAUCAGGCAAAAGGCCAAAACCCUCCUUCUAGUGAAAGCACGGUCAACAGUUGGUCGCCGGACCGUAAGUCGGGAUGGGCUCCCAUAGAGCCCGCUGACCAGACUCCCGAGACCAUUUUUAUAGACACUUCUUGGCAUAAUAUAUUUGAUCGUUGGGUUAGCCAGAUAUGCCCGCCAUCAUCCAAGGCCCGUUCUCAACGAUUUUGGGAUCGACGUGGCCUGUGCCUCAGCUGUAUUCGCCCCCACUCAUUGGGCCAAUUCCCGCUGGAUUGGAAUGCUGCCUCUGAUAUAUGCCACCAGCCCGACCUUGCACAACUCCACGGUUUCUUCAUUUCACCAGCAUCAUUCAAGGUUGCCCAGGAUUUGACCCCUGUUUUCAGUCAAAGCAAAGUCUCUGGGUUCAGCGAUAUCCUGUUCCCCAGUCCGUGGAACUACGUCGACAAAGUGAAGUAUGAGCCUUCAGACGAAUUUCCCGACCCAAGGUACGCCGACAAGGAGAAUACACUUUUUUGGAUUGGUAGCACAUCAGAAGGUGUGAGUUUUGAUGGCGGAUGGAAAGGUAUUCCGCGUCAGCGUUUCUCUCACUUGAUCAACAACAACACUUACAACGAAGUGUCUGUUUUGCUACCGAUCAAUGAGCCGGCCUCGGAAAAGACAUAUGAGUAUCAGAUUAUGAACGGUUUUGCUCCUUCAAAAGAACUGGGCCUAAAUGCAAGUGUUCAAUUAUCAAACCCGAUUGUGCGCUGCGGCGAUUGUGAUCAGCAAGAGAAGGAAUUCGGCACUGCGCCAUGGACUGACUUCCAAAACCACUGGAAGUACCGAUAUCUGUUUGAUCUAGAUGGUGCAGGAUUCAGUGGUAGAUUCGUUCCCUUCCUGCAAAGCCACAGCCUCCCAUUCAAAACUGGCCUAUUCCGUCAGUGGUUUGACACACGAGUUACAUCCUGGCUGCAUUAUGUACCAAUUGACCUUCGUCUUCACGGGGUGUGGAGCACCCUUGCCUACUUUGCUGGGGUCGACGUGACCGUGGGUGUGUCAGAAGCUGGGGACAAGAUACCCUUGAUGGAGCCACAUGAUGUGCAGGGGACAUGGAUUGCAGAGGAGGGGCGGAAGUGGGCUGAGAAAGCACUCCGCAAGGAAGACAUGGAGAUCUAUUUCUUCCGACUUUUGCUUGAAUGGGGCCGACUGACAGAUGAUCGUCGCGAUUCUCUUGCAUUCACAAUUGAAUUGACGUAA